AUGAGCAUAAGAAGUCAAACCAGGGAGAAACUCUUUGAGUGUUCUGCAUGCGGGAAAGUGUUUAUCCAGAAAGCCAACCUUGUCGUGCACCAGAGAACUCACACGGGAGAGAAGCCCUAUGAGUGCAGCGAAUGUACAAGAGCCUUCAGCCAGAAGUCAACCCUCAUUGCACACCAGAGAACUCACACAGGGGAGAAGCCCUAUGAGUGCAGCGAAUGUGGGAAAACCUUUAUCCAGAAGUCAACGCUGAUGAAACAUACUCGAACUCAUACAGCAGAGAAACCAUUUAAAGCUUACGAGUGCAGUAAAUGUGGAAAAAGCUUCAGGGGGAAGUCCCACCUCUCUGUCCAUCAGAGAACUCACACAGGAGAGAAGCCUUACGAAUGCGGCAUAUGUGGGAAGACUUUCAGUGGAAAAUCACACCUCUCUGUCCAUCAAAGAACUCAUACAGGAGAGAAGCCUUAUGAGUGCAGAAGAUGCGGGAAAGCCUUUGGUGAAAAGUCAACCCUUGUUGUACAUCACAGAACUCAUACAGGAGAGAAACCCUACAAAUGUGGUGAAUGUGGGAAAGCCUUCAGCGAAAAGUCACCACUGAUAAAACAUGAGAGAAUUCAUACAGGAGAGAGACCCUACGAAUGCAGCAACUGUGGGAAAGCAUUCAGUAGGAAGUCAACUCUCAUUAAACAUCAGAGAAUUCACACAGGAGAAAAACCCUACGAAUGUAGUGAAUGUGGGAAAGCUUUCAGUGUGAAAUCAACUCUCAUUGUACAUCACAGAACUCACACGGGAGAAAAACCCUAUGAAUGCAGAGACUGUGGAAAAGCCUUCAGUGGGAAGUCAACUCUGAUUAAACAUCAGAGAAGUCACACAGGAGAUAAAACCUAUUAA